ACACACCUGCAACUGAAAGUAAUCACUUUCUAUCCUUGUUCCUCUCUCCGAGAGAGAGAGAGAGAAGCAGCCAUGGCUACUCGAAUACAGUUGUCGAUACAAAACAGCCUCUGGUUGUUAUCAUCUCCUCUACACCCCAUCAAUACCAAAGGACUCCACAAUCUCAAGAAUCGUCUCUGCUUUCGUUCCAAUCUAAUCUCAUCUUCUUCGUCCCGAAGAGCUCUCUGCUGUACCUGCACGAGCAGUCAUCUCCCAACCACGGAGCCUUACGUCAUCACAACUCCGCUUUAUUACGUGAAUGCCCCUCCCCACAUGGGCAGCGCCUACACCACCAUCGCCGCCGACGCCAUUGCCCGUUUUCAGAGGCUGUUAGGAAAGAAAGUAAUAUUCAUAACAGGCACAGAUGAGCAUGGGGAGAAGAUUGCUACUGCUGCAGCUGCCUGUGGUUCCAGCCCAAAUGAACACUGUGAUGUCAUUUCUCAAGCUUACAAGGCACUAUGGGAAGAUUUGGACAUAGCUUAUGACAAGUUCAUUCGGACAACUAAUCCCAGACACGAAGCUAUUGUGAAGGAGUUUUAUUCGAGGGUUUUGGCCAAUGGUGACAUUUACCGUGCGGAUUACGAUGGACUUUAUUGUGUCAACUGCGAGGAGUACAAGGAUGAGAAAGAACUGCUGGAUAGCAACUGUUGUCCUAUUCACCUAAAGCCAUGUAUGGCGAGGAAAGAGGACAAUUAUUUUUUUGCCCUUUCAAAGUAUCAAAAGAAGUUGGAAGAGACUUUAGAACAAAAUCCAGAUUUUGUACAACCUUCUUCUCGUUUAAAUGAGGUGCAAGGUUGGGUCAAAAGUGGCCUGAGAGAUUUUUCUAUCUCCCGAGCAUCAGUGGAUUGGGGAAUCAGGGUUCCUAACGAGGAUAAGCAAACCAUUUAUGUUUGGUUUGAUGCUUUACUCGGAUAUAUAUCUGCACUCAUGGAGGAGAAGGGCCAAGCUACUUUACAAACUGCAGUUUCUUCAGGUUGGCCUGCUUCAUUACACCUGAUUGGGAAGGAUAUAUUGCGUUUUCAUGCAGUAUACUGGCCAGCUAUGUUAAUGUCGGCUGGUCUAAGCCUUCCUAAGAUUGUGUUUGGCCAUGGAUUCUUAACAAAGGAUGGCAUGAAGAUGGGAAAGUCGCUAGGGAAUACUCUAGAACCAAAUGAUUUGGUGCAAAGGUUUGGGUCUGAUGGUGUCAGGUACUUCUUCCUUAGGGAGGUGGAAUUUGGUGAUGAUGGAGACUACUCAGAGGACCGUUUCAUCAAUAUUGUCAAUGCACAUCUUGCCAAUACAAUAGGAAAUCUCCUUAACCGUACGCUGGGGCUUUUGAAAAAGAAUUGCCAAUCAACAUUGGUUGUUGAUUCAACUAUCGCAGCUGAAGGAAAUGCAUUCAAGGACACUGUGGAGAAGCUGGUUGAGAAAGCUCGUUUUCAAUAUGAAAAUCUCUCGCUAUCAUCAGCAUGUGAGGCGGUGCUAGAGAUUGGUAAUGCUGGGAACUUGUACAUCGACGAACAUGCCCCUUGGUCUCUUUUUAAGGAAGGCGGUGCUGCUUCUGAAGCUGCUGCAAAGGACCUUGUCAUCAUAUUGGAGGCAAUGAGGAUUAUAGCGGUUGCUUUAAGCGCUAUUACACCGAGCUUAUGCAAGAGAAUAUAUACCCAGCUUGGCUACUCGGAGGAUCAGUUCAAUGCUGCUACCUGGGAUGACACAAAAUGGGGUGGGCUGAAGGGCGGUCAGAUCAUGGCUCAACCGAAGCCUGUCUUUGCAAGGAUUGAAAUCCAAAUGGAAGGGGAAGAUGAGGGUGAAUUGAAAAAGAAAGCCAGUAAAAAGAAGGAAAGGAUACCUCAACCUCAAACUCAGUCUCUGGCAGAGGCUUAGCAAUUUUGGUUUUAGGACCUGUUUUGUUCUUCUUGCUUAUUUGCUUCUUUUUUUUGUCCAACUUGAUUACAGAUUCCUACCAUUUUCACAAAUUCUUCUAUAGCUGAUCCCUGUUGCUUGUAACCACAUUAGUUCACUACCUUCACAACUAAUUUCAUGUCAAUUAUUAACUUUAUAAGAAAUAAAAGUUUCUCCACUC